AUGAAGUCACUGUAUUUGGUCUUUGGCCUGUGGAUCCUUAUAGGCUGCUUCCAGUCAGGGGAGGGUGACCGAGGCCCGAGAAGACAACAUAAUCCUAGAAGACGACAAGCUCCUUCAACUCUUCGUCAUUAUCUUGGUCUUCAGCCUGAUCCCAAUAGUGUGCAAAUGAGAGCAACAAUCACUAUACCCGUAAUUCUUCAACCACCUGAUGUUAUUGUUAAUAUUCCCAUUAUUAUCACUGGACCACCAUUGGUUCUACAACGUACCAGUGAAUAUCAAUAUCAGUGUCAGCUAACUGCUCCAGACCCUAGACCUCUAAGCAAUCCUCCUACUCAACUUCAUUCCACAGAACAAGCAAAUACAAAAACAGAUGCCAAAAUCUCCAACACUACUGCGAAUACCCAAAAUUCCACUGAUAUUUUUGAAGGUGGUGGCAAAUAAUAAAUUCCUUUUGGCAGUUAGAAUGGCAUAAAUCAAAACACUGUGUAGUUUUGGGAGAAAUAACCUUUAAAGGCUUGAGAAACAACAUUUACCCGCAUU